AUGAGCUGGAGCACGACCUUCCAGGAUCUUUUGGACACAGAGCUUCUGGAGUCGGAUAUGGACCAGGAUGUAAAAGACUUGUGUAUGGAAGAAGGAGGAAAAGCAGAGUCCUCUCUAUGGGAGUUCCUGGAACAGGAGGUUGAGGGAGAAAGUGCUAUCCACAGGUUCUACAUGAGAUUUAUGGAGAAUAGAAUGAGGCCUUCAAGCCCCGAUGCAAGGAUAAAUCCUCGAAGUCUUUACGGUAACUUCCUGGAAAUGAAGGAGAUGGACGAGAAUGUGGAAGAAGAAAAGACAAGAGAAUUCGGUGGUUGCGAUGUCCUAAGAGCAAAGCCCUCUCUCUCGUAUGCACAGAUAAUAACGAGAGCCAUAAGGACGAGCAAGACUGGAAAGCUCACGCUUAGCGAGAUUUACAAGUGGAUUGAGGAUUCGUUUGAAUACUAUCGAUAUGCAAAUCCGGUGUGGAAGAACUCCAUACGGCACAACCUGUCUCUAAACAAGUGUUUCAAGAAGGUUCCUCGGGAUCCAGGGACACGGGGAAAGGGAGGAAAAUGGAUGCUUGACCACGAAUUCCUGUCCAAAGAGGAGUUUAAGAGACGAAGGAGAGUGAGGCAAUACAGCACAAAGAUUCUUGACAGAUCCGAGUCGUCUGGAGAUUGCUCCAACGACGAAAGGGACUUUGAAUCUUGUGAUGUUGAUGUAUCUACGAGUUUGGUGAGUCAGAUGAAAAGGUUUGUGGUUUCCGAGGUCAAUCCAAGUAAAAUGUAA